UGCUGUGACCAUGUAGUAACAGGUACAGUCAUGAUAACAUGUAAUGCUUACAGUAUUUAGCCAUAUUUAGUUUUUUUAAAGCAUUACCGGAACUUCCUUCCUGGGCGCAUUGAUUUCACAUAGCAACAUAGAAAUGAACGCCUACACCUAGCAUGAACGUUUCCAAACUCAAAAAUAAAAACACAGCAGCAGUGGCGACAGGUCCAAUAUGUAGCGUUACCUUUUUGGUAGUAGUCUGAGGCAUUGUGAGUGUGGCACUGCCGCACCGCAGGCGAGUGUGCGGUGAAGCUAGUCACUAGCCAACUAGUAGCUAGCCGUUGUGGUGUGGCGAAGUGUCAAUGUGCCAGUAACGUAGUUUGAUUGGCGUAACAAUGUUAAUAAUAAUAAUAAUAAUAAUAACAAUGUCGCUGUAGUUUGGUUAAUAUGUUGGCACUUUUUGGAGUCUUUUUCAGAAUGCUUUCUAGGCAGAAUAGGUGUUUCCCAUUACAUGCAGUAAUGAGCUGUCCCCUUUAAAAUGUUUUUAACCCACAGAAAAGAGAAAGACAUAUGUGUUCAUGUCUCACAUAAAGAUUGUGGAUGAUGGGCAAAAUUCCCCCCAAAAGUGUAGUUUUAGUUGAAAUUAUUUUGAGUUUUGGUCUGAAUCUGGCACCCUUAUUAAGGAUGAUUGUUUUGCUAUAUACAAUAUUGUUUCUACUUUUAAAAUUUAAAUUCCAGAGGAGUAGUUUAUACCAGAGGAAUCGCUUAAUUACACAGACGGCUGUCAGCACUUUGUUUGAUAAGGUCCGCCAGGUGGGCCAACUCAAUGCUAUUUUCCCAAACAGUUUAGCGGAUGAAAUUGCAGCAUAAGCCAGAUUUAGCCCUGAGUUUGACACGUAUGCUGUAAAUGAUCAAAAUAUGUGUUUUUUUUCCUGGAUGCAUCAACUGUACUGGUAGAUUAUGCCAAUUCUUAUGUCAAGAUGAUCUUGUGCUAGAACUAAACAAUGUCCAACCUUUUGAGAAUCUAACUGCUCACAGGCUCGCUGACUUCUUCUGAGGUCUCCCUCAAUCUUUCGCUCCUCUCUCUCAGUCCGAACCCUCGAUCUUGAGAGAAGACAGACUAUGAAAUGUUGGCAUUGUAGGAUGGCACAGUGCUUAGAGCUUCUGUUUCAGUUUUUACCUGAAAUCUUCCAGCGAUUUGGUUUCAUUCUGUUGUUUGGCCUGUACUUUCUUCCGAUACUGCUCCAGUUCCUCCUCAGCUUUUCUCUUCUUUGCCUCUUCCAUGCCAAUUCCACCUCUAUCUGGUUUAUUACAGGACAACAGUUAGAUGUGCAGAUAGACAAUACUUGAAAUAUCAUAAACAGCAGUGUUUAUUUACCCGUUUUAAUAUUCAGUGGAAUUGGAUCAACUCUGCCGGCCCCUAAAAUGGCACACAGUAGGUUAUUACUAUAAAUACAGGCAAAAAUACUAAAGCAUUUCCAAGUUCAGUAAGGCAACCAAGAGGAAAUCUUGCCUUGUUUUCCAAGGCCUUGUCCAGCUUUGUAACCCAUUUUCUGCAAAAGUGCAAAUCCCUUAUUGUCAUUGGUAAUGGAGCUCUGCAAAGCUGCUUCACGACUUUCCUUUUCUUGCUCUUUGUAGGUUUUUUGACGGUUUUUAAUGUUGUUCUGUUUGUGCUUUUCCUCCCUUUUUAUGGCUUCUUUUACUCGCCUCACCAUGGAGACACCUGGUUUGACGUCUUGUCUGUCACAAAGGGAAAGGGGUAUUAAAAUAGUAAAAUUGCAAUUGAUACUAAAUGAAGUACUCGCAUGCCUGCUGCUACGCAGUACUGUAUUUGAAUCCGAACAACAUAUGAUAAGUGAGUCUAAAGGAACAUGUAACAUGUUCAUGUAUACAGUAUUAUAUGGUGUUAUGACAUCAUUAAUUUUGCCCAAGUACCGUACAUACAUGUAUAUACAUUCCACAAUAUUUCAAAUUGAUCACACAACAGGAACGUGGCACUCACUGGUUUCAAUAAAAAAACACUCGCAAUAAUGACGCUUACAUUUGAUUGAGGAAAGCAUCGGACAUAUAAUCCUCUUCCUCGUCCGACAUUAUGAAAAUAACAAAGGAAAAAAAACUAAAACUGUACGCUUUAAUCCCUUCUUGGAGUGUCGGUACUGGUUCCGCUAAUGUUUGGUUCGUCGACAAUACAUUCCGACUACUUCUUCUUCUUCUUCUUUUAGUUUAAUGGCGGGUUGCAACCAUGACUUGAAAAGGUGCAUACCGCCACCUACUGUACCGGAGUAUGUAACAUGGGCCAUAUACAGUAUCUUACUUUAUGCUAUCUUAGAUAGUGAGGAGACUACUUAUACUACUACUAAUAAUAAUCCUAAUAAUAAUACUUAUAUAAUACUAUAUAUUACUAUAUAAUACUAUAUAAUAUAAUACUAAAAUAUUCUAAUACUUAUCUAUAUUCUAUUAUAUAAUCCUGUGUCCUUCAAAUAUUCUAUCACUGCCCUCUGUAUAUCUCUUUCCCCCUCCCCACCUGUUCCUAAGAUACCCUCAAUGCUCCAUUCCCUUCCUAUCUUCUUAAUUCUUUUCCUUAACGUUACACGUUCUUCCCUAUAUCUCUUGCAGUGUAGUAAUAUGUGUUCUACGUUCUCUAUACUUUUGCAUUCCAUACAUACUUUUGAUUUACAUUUCCCUAUCAAAAACAUCUUGUCAUUUAACCCGGUGUGAUUGAGCCUCAUCCUAGUUAACACUAUUUCCUCUUUUCUGUUUUUUCUCUUCACCCCUUGUGUGCUGAUAGAUUUUUGUACUUUAUAAUACUUUCUCCCGCUACUACCCUCAUCCCACCUAUUUUGCCAUUUCUCCAUCAUUUGUUUUUUGAUUAUUGCCUUUACUUCGCCUUUACCAGCAGGUAUAUCUAUCAUUUCAUUCCUUCUAAUUCCCAUUUUAGCCAUUUUAUCUGCCACCUCAUUCCCCUCCACCCCUACAUGUGCAGGCACCCAGCAAAAUCUUAUGUCUAUUUUUAACAUAUGUAGUUGGAAUAAGUUUUGAUGUAUUUCUAAUAAUAAAUCCUCUCGACUUGAUUCCAUAUUUUUAAUACUAUAUAAUGCUGCCAGAGAGUCCACACAGCAUACCACUCUAUCUGGUUUUAUUUCCUCUAUCCAUUGCAAGCCUAUAAUAAUUGCCAUCAUUUCUGCUGUAUAAACCGAUAGCUGGUCAGGUAAUCUUUUAAUGAUGCUAUAAUUCAUUGUUGGUACAUAAAUUCCAAUCCCCACCUUCCCUUCUUCGCUUUUUGAUCCAUCUGUAUACAUAUCUAAGUAACCAUAAUAUUUGUUUUUAAUAUAUUGACUUGCCUUAUGUCCUUUUUCAUUAUCUUUCCAUUUAUUUUUUAACUCUGUUAUAUGUAUAUCUACUUCAGGUUUCGGAAAUAGCCAGAUAGGAAUAUUGCUUAUGGGUGUAGAAUUAUUAAUAUGUAUAUUUUUUAUGUUAUAUUUAUCUAUUUUAUCUUUAAUUACCCACCCAAAGCUAUUACUUUUAGUUGUAUUAUACUCCCAACAUUCCUCUAUCACAUUCUUGGCCAGAUGUCCAUGCCUACAUCCUUUAAGUCUACUCCAGUAUGUUAACAUAAGUUGAUCUCUUCUCAGGUCAUACGGUACUUCUCCUAACUCAACCUGCAUUGCUUUAAUUGGUGUUGAUAUGAUUGCACCUGUACAUAUCCUAAAUGCUUUGUGAAUAUUUCUUUCUAUUUUCAUUAAAUGUGUUUUAGCUGCAGCUCCAUAUACAAAACUUCCAUAAUCUAUAUUUGCUCUCAUCAAAGCUCUAUAUAUAUAUAUUAGUGACUGUUUAUCUGCUCCCCACUCCUUACCUGUAACAGCUCUCAUUAAGUUUAUUAUCCUCUUACAUUUCUCUUCUACCUUUUCCACAUGGGUCUUCCAUGUGCCUUUCUGAUCUAGCCACAUACCAAGAUAUUUAAAAUGAUCUACUUUUAUCAUGUUUUGUCCAUAUAGCAUCAGGUUCUGAUUUUUUAUGCCUUUUUUCCGGGUAAUCGUCAUGUAACAUGUUUUAUUGGGUGAUAGCUUAAAUCCCCAGUCAUAUGACCAUUGUUCUAUCUUCUUUAUUGCUUCCUUCAUUUUACUUGUCACAUUUAUAGAAUCUCGUCCCCUUGCCCAAAUCACUCCAUCAUCUGCAUAUAGGGCCGACCCAAUCCUUCUAUCCAGAUUCAUGAAUAUAUCAUUUAUCAUUAUGUUAAACAAAACUGGGCUAAUUACACUCCCCUGUGGUAUACCAUUUGCUAUACUGUAUUCUUCUGACAUCUCUGAUCCUACUUUAACUUUGAACUUUCUGUUCGAUAUGAAAUCAAGGACCCAGUUAUAGAACCUACCUCUAAUUCCCAUCCUAUUCAUCUUAAUCAAUAAACCCUCCCGCCACAUGGAAUCAUAAGCCUUUUCAAUAUCAAAGAAUACAAUAUUCAUCAACUCUUUCAUUUUAAAGGUUUUCUCUAUUUCAUUACUUACUCUAACUACAGCAUCCAUUGUUGAUCGUCCUUUUCUAAACCCACACUGAUAAGUUGUAAGUAACUCUCGACUUUCAAGGAAAUAGUUAAGUCUUCUGACUAGAACUUUCUCCAUCCAUUUGCAUAGAUGUGAUGUAAGAGCAAUAGGUCGAUAAUUCACAGGGUGUUUUGGAUCCUUACCGGGUUUAUUAAAUGGUAAAAUUAAUGCACUUUUCCAUUGCUUUGGUAUUAUCCCUUCUUCCCAUAUUUUGUUAAAUAAAUCUAAUAUUUUUCCCAACAUAUUUUCUGGUAGAUUCUGGAACAUAAUAUAACUCAAUUGGUCUUCUCCUGUUGCAGUAUCUUUACUUUUAUUUAAUACUAUUAGCAAUUCAUUGAUAUUAAUUUCAACAUCCAUCACACUCUCCUCACUAUCCUGUUUUAGUAACACAUCCCUAUUCUUUUUUAUCAUCCUCUCCUUCCCUCGUCUAUGAUUUUCAUCCAGAUGGUCUCCACUAUGCACCCCUGCAAACUUUUUCCCCAGCACAUUUGCUUUUUCUUUAUCAGUCACAUACAUUGUUCCCUUAUCUUCUAAUAUAGGUAUUUUAGUAAACACGUUUUUCCCACUCAUCUUCUUUAACAUUGACCAUACAUCUCCUAUCUUAAUUUCCCUUCCUAUGGCAGAGCAAUAAUCCCUCCAUGCGUUUUGUUUACUGUUUUUAAUUACUCUUCGGGCUAUAGCUUUUUUCCUCUGAUAAUUUAUUACAUUUUCUUGGCUGAGGUUCUUCCUUAACCUUCUUAAUGCGCAAUUUCUUUCUUUUACAGCUGUUGUGCACUUUUCAUUCCACCAUGGAACCAUUUUCCUUUCCCCUCCAAUUGACUUACACGGUAUACUUUUCAUUGCUGCCUCUAUUAUCUUAUUUGUGAUCUUAACUGUGCAUUCCUCUAUGCCACCUUCCAUUGAUAUUGAAUUUGCUGCUUUACUACAUUCCUCCCUGAAUUUUCUCCAAUCCGCUUUUGAAAAGCACCACUUUUUAUGUCUGUGUCUUUCUUUGAUAUCUACUUCUGCGUUUAUUGUACAACUUAUCGGAAAAUGGUCACUUCCUAUACUUGUGGUUUCAUUUACAUACCAUUCACAGGAACUUGCCAAGCUAUGUGAGACCAGAGUUAAAUCAAUGCAUGACAUUGUAUUUGACCGUAUAUCUAUUCUUGUUCCAUUUCCCUUGUUUAAGCAUACUAACUGUCUGAUAUCCAUGAGUUCUUCUACUACUAUUCCAUUGUGAUCUGUUUGCUUACUUCCCCAUAAACUAUUAUGUGCAUUAAAGUCCCCACACCAGAUCUCUCUACCACCAUGCCUCCUUAUUAUCUUCUCCAUUGUUUCAACAUCUAGUAGUUUACAGGGGUUAUAUAUAUUAAUAAUGAUUAUAUUUGUAUUUGCUUGAUGUAUUUCAACAAUCACACAUUCUAUUUCAUUUGCUGUUGUUAUUCUAUUAUAUAUUAUUCCAUCCCUCACAAAUGUUGCACACCCUCCCCCUUGGUUUUCUUUUCGAUCGAAUCGCACUGAUUCAUAGCCAUUCAACACAUAAUCCAGCUGUGGUCUAAGCCACGUUUCUUGCACACAUAUAAUAUCAGGUCUUUUCCUACUUUCUGUUAUAUAUUUCUUAAGUUCUUGUCCAUUUGCUAUUAAACUUCUUGCAUUCCAUUGUAGGAUGUGGAGUACCAUUGUGAUUUUAAUUACCGUUCUGAGGUCCUGCAUCAUUAUGUAUAGUCAACAUACUAUGUAUUUCUUCUGCUUUCACGUCUUUGAUGUUUAAAUAUUGUUCUGCCGCUUCCACAACCGUUUUGAUCCUGUCACUUUUCCUUUCCUGCCUCGUGGCCACAUUGAUGACUUUACAUAUAAAAGCUACAAAGUUCUUUUUAUUUACUACUAAUGUGUCUUCUUCAAUUGCACACUUAUGAUUACAUUUCUGUUGAGGGGCAUUCCAUUCUGAUUGAGAUCUUCUAUGGUCUGUUCUCUGAGGAAGCCCUACUACUUGUCCUGUCUGGUCUAUAUGAGUUUCCUGAUUCUCUACUGGUUUAUUUUGCUUAAUUACACACAUACCUAUAUUCUUUACUGCUUCAGCAUAUGAUACCUUAUUUUCUCUUUUGUAUUUUUGCACUUCUUUGGCAUGUCUUUGCACUUCACAGCCGCCAUAUGCGGCACUAUGUUCUCCUCCACAAUUGCAACAUCUUAGUUUAGCAUCGCUAGCACACUUCCCAUAGUCAUGUUCUCCACCACACUUUGCACACCUUUGCCUCCACUGACAUUGCUGUGCCGUGUGUCCCAUUCUCUGACAUUUGUAACAUCUUAGUGGUUGAGGAAUGUACUCCCUCACCCUAAAAUUCAUACAUCCUAUACGUAUGUCUGUCGGUAUUGUCUUUUCAAAUACAAGUAAUACAGACAAACUGUCACUUUUUACUCCUCCUCUGCUGGUUUGGAGUCGUCUAGCUUCUGUUAUUUUGCCACCUCUUAUUUCUCUCUUCACCUCAUCCAUGGACAUUUCCAACGGUACGUUUGAUAUAACUCCUCUUAUUACUGCUGCCUCUCCUGGUAUGUGUACUUUUAUUUCUCCUCCAUCAAGGUACUUCAAUCUCAUAAUGUUUUCUUGCUGUCUUUUAUUUGCUGUCGAAAUUAGUAUUCUUCUGUUAUUGAGCAUUUUGGCGUAUUUAACUUUCCCUAUUUCUUUUUCAAUUGCUUUAGUCAGAUGAACUGGGUGAAAAUGUCCUUUAUCUUUGCUCAUUGUAAUAAGAACUUUGUAUUCUUCAUCUGACUCUUCUUUGCCAUUUGUUUUAGCUCGUAUUUUUUUCUUUGUUUGUCUUCCAUCAUGAUCUUUCCCGCUGCUUGCUUCUGACCAUGACUGUUUCCUUGCUAUUUUAACCUGUGUGUACUCCAUCUCCUCUGCCCCUUCGUCGCUAACAUCAUCUGAGCUACAGCCCAUUGUUACACUCACGGUACAGUUUGGUUGCACUCGCACUUCAGCUCCCUCCGCUCCACCGCCACCAGCUCUUCGUAUCUCUUUUGGUUUGUUGGAGGUCGUGGCGCACCGGUCUCGUCGUACCGGGCCCAUAUAGGCCGUCGGCCGAGACCUAUGCAGUCCACUUCCCACAACCCACCUCCAGUCCAGAUAUCAAAUCUCUCAACUGUAUAUUCAAUACUUAUUGUAUUCCUUAUCUCGCACUUUUCGCGCUUCAAUUUUGGCGCCUCGAGCAUUCGACAGUCACUUCCGCCUCCUCCCGUCACCAGCCAACCGGAAGUACGAAAACCAAACCGAAGUCUACAUUCCGACUAGCUCCAAUGUAAAACUUUAAUGGUCCUUGUCAUCUAUGUAGUUGUCAAUAAAUAAGCAGGUUCUCGUUCUCUGGACACAGGAUGAAUAACUUGGUUGUAGUGCAUAUGGCUCAUGUUUUGUGACACCGCUGACUGAAACUAAGUGUGUUAAGACAAGUGUAUAUUGUUAGAGGGUAUAAUUCAUUCUGGGGUUGGGCAAGUGUAGCUUUCCAUCGUAAGGACUCGCUAGCUUAAGGUUGCUAACUCGCUCGCCUAUCAAACAGCUGGGAGAAGCAACACAUUCCAGGAGCGUCUGGCGUAUUUAAAAUAUCCGCUGUUUAUUACAGAAAGUGCUCGCUAUGGAGCUGGCUCACAGUCUCCUGCUCAAUGAAGAAGCUUUAGCCCAGAUCACCGAAGCAAAGAGGCCUGUUUUCAUUUUCGAAUGGCUUCGUUUCUUGGAUAAAAUCCUUGUAGCAGCAAAUAAGGUGGAUGUGAAGGAGAAGCAGAAGAAGCUGGUGGAACAGCUGACAGGACUGAUAAGCAGUGCUCCAGGUCCACCAACAAGAAAACUGCUUGCCAAAAACCUUGCCACCCUCUACAGCAUUGGAGACACAUUCACUGUUUUCCAAACGCUGGAUAAAUGCAAUGAUAUCAUCAAAAGCAAGGAUGACACACCUGCCUACUUGCCCACAAAACUCGCUGCAGUGGCAUGUGUGGGUGCUUUCUAUGAGAAGAUGGGCAGGAUGCUUGGAAGCUCCUUUCCAGACACUAUUAAUAAUCUUUUGAAGGCACUGAAGAGUGCAGAGUCCCAAGGCAGAGGGGAGAUACUCCUCAGUCUGCAAAAGGUGCUAAAUGGACUAGGUGGAGCUGCAGCUUCAUGUCACAGGGACAUCUACAAGAAUGCCCGCUCUUUACUCACAGACAGGUCCAUGGCUGUGCGUUGUGCAGUGGCAAAGUGUCUACUGGAACUGCAGAACGAGGCAGUAUUCAUGUGGACCACAGAACUGGAGAACAUAGCCACACUGUGUUUCAAGGCUCUGGAAGGCUCAAACUAUGGUGUUCGGGUUGCUGUGGCCAAACUGCUCGGGACUGUCAUGGCCACAGCUCUGAUGCCCAAACAAGCUGCUGUUAUGCGUCAAAAUGUGAAACGGGCCACGCUUGAGGAAGUGUUGGAGUUAAUGGCUACAGGCUUUCUGCGUGGUGGAUCUGGUUUCUUGAAGAGCGGAGGGGAGAUGUUGAAGGGAGGGGCUUCGGUCAGCAGAGAAGUCCGGGUGGGCGUCACACAGGCUUAUGUUGUAUUUGUGACUACACUUGGUGGUCAGUGGCUGGAGCGCAACUUUGCCACCUUCCUCUCCCACGUUUUGGACCUCGUGUCUCACCCACGGGCCACCCAGACACAUGUUGAAGCUGUGUACUCAAGGCGCUGUGUCUCCUUCAUGCUACGUGCCACCCUGGGCGGCUUACUCGGCGAGAAGGCGCAGAUUGCAGCUGGCAAAGAAAUCUGCCAAGCCAUCAGCAAGCAAAUGAGGGCUGUGGAAGCAGUUGUGAAUGACCUCAAUGGAGAGAACAAGACUGGGGCAGCUGAUGUUUCGGCCAGUCAGCAUGUUAUGGUGUGUGCUCUAAAAGAGUUAGGCAGCCUUGUUCAGAGUCUGAGUGCCACAGCUUCGCCUCUCAUCCAGGAGCCUUCCAUAGGACUUCUUGAAACAGUGACCUCAGUGCUGCUACACCCCAGCAUGGCAGCUCGUUUGGCUGCAGCUUGGUGCCUGCGCUGUGUAGCCGUGGCACUCCCCUAUCAGUUAACCCCGCUGUUGGACCGCUGUGCUGAGAGAAUUAACAAUCUCAAGAGUUCACCCGAGGCUGUGAGUGGAUACAGCUUUGCAAUGGCGGCCCUUCUUGGAGGUGUACACCAGUGCCCUCUGGGAAUCCCACACUCUAAGGGCAAGUUGGUGGUGAGUAUAGCUGAAGACCUCCUGCGGACAGCGGCUCAGAAUAGCCGACUCUCCUUGCAGCGCACACAGGCUGGAUGGCUGCUGCUGGGUGCCCUCAUGACCUUGGGUCCUUCCUUGGUGCGUUAUCACCUUCCCAAAAUGCUGUUAUUGUGGAGGAACGUGUUCCCUCGUUCCCAGAAGGAGUUGGAGGCAGAAAAAGCCAGGGGAGACUCCUUUACCUGGCAGGUGACCCUGGAAGGCCGAGCUGGAGCACUCUGUGCCAUGCGUAGUUUUGUGGCCCACUGUCCCGAGCUGCUUACGGAAGAUGUCAUUCGGAGACUGAUGACUCCCAUUGAAUGUGCUAUGACUAUGAUAUCUCAUGUCCCUGCCAUUAUUAAAGUCCAUGGCGCACAUCUGAAAGCAAGUGCAGCCAUGGUGAGACUCAGGCUGUACGACAUUUUGGCUCUAUUACCUCCUAAAACAUAUGAAGGCAUCUUCAAUGCCCUCCUCAGGGAGCUGGUGGCAGAAUUCACUUUGACCGACAACUCGUCCAACACCACCACCUCUUUGCUGCGCUCCCUCUGUCACUAUGAUGACAGUGUGCUCAUGGGCUCCUGGUUGCAGGAAACUGACCACAAGUCCAUAGAGGAUCAGCUGCAGCCUAACAGUGCGUCUGGAAGCGGGGCUCUGGAGCAUGAUCCUUCCUCCAUUUACUUGCGAGUGCCUGUUGGUGAAGCCAUUCCAGGGCCGCUCCCUUUGGGAGUGUCAGUCAUAGAUGCCUCUGUGGCUCUGUUUGGUGUAGUAUUCCCCCAUGUGUCUUUCAAACACAGGUUGCAGAUGCUAGACCACUUUGCAGAAUGUAUCAAGCAGGCUAAAGGUGUUCGUCAGCAGUCUGUCCAAUUGAACAUCUUCACUGCCGUGCUGAGUGCUCUCAAGGGUUUGGCUGAGAACAAGAGUAGUUUGGGCCCAGAGGAGGUUCGCAAGUCAGCUCUGGCCCUGGUGAUGGGGGCCCUGGACAAUCCAAAUCCCAUCCUGCGCUGCGCUGCCGGUGAGGCCCUCGGCAGAAUGGCUCAAGUGGUGGGAGAAGCUACUUUCAUUGCCAGAAUGGCACAGACCAGCUUUGACAAACUAAAGUCAGCCCGUGAUGUGGUGUCAAGGACGGGUCAUUCACUGGCUCUCGGCUGUCUGCAUCGAUAUGUUGGAGGGAUUGGCUCUGGCCAGCACUUAAAGACCAGUGUUAGCAUCCUACUGGCGUUGGCCCAGGAUGGAUCCUCUCAUGAGGUCCAGACAUGGGCUCUGCACUCUUUGGCUCUCAUUGUGGACUCAAGUGGUCCCAUGUACAGAGGCUAUGUGGAGCCCACCUUGUCCCUGGUCCUUACCCUGCUCCUCACAGUGCCCCCAUCGCAUACAGAGGUGCAUCAGUGUUUGGGUCGUUGUUUGGGUGCGCUCAUCACUACCGUUGGACCAGAAUUACAAGGAAAUGGUGCCACCAUAUCCACCAUCCGUUCGUCCUGCCUGGUUGGCUGCGCCAUAAUGCAGGAUCAUUCUGAUUCGCUUGUACAAGCAGCUGCCAUCUCAUGUCUACAGCAGUUACACAUGUUUGCUCCUCGUCAUGUCAACCUCUCAAGCCUGGUACCCUGUCUUUGUGUGCAUCUAUGCAGCUCUCACCUGUUGCUGCGCCGUGCUGCUGUAGCCUGCUUGAGACAACUUGCUCAGAGAGAGGCUUCUGAGGUGUGUGAGUAUGCCAUGAGCCUGGCAAAGAAGGCAGGGGAUGGUAAAGACAUAGCAAUAUAUCUGAACAUCACUGAGACGGGUCUGGAGGGGGCACUAUUUGGUAUGCUGGAUCACGAAACAGACAGGAAACUGUGCUCAGAUAUUCAUGACACGCUGGGCCACAUGCUGUCAUCGCUUGCUGUGGAAAAGCUUUCCCAUUGGCUUAAACUCUGCAAGGAUGUCCUUGCAGCAACAACAGAUGUAGGAGGAGCUGUUGCAUUUGAGGUGGAAAAAGAUGAGGAAGACUCAGAGAAAAAAGACGAGAUGGACGAUGACAUCAUGUUCACGGGUCUAGGCGAAGAUGAAAAGUCCAAGCCUUCAGUGGCUCCUCGUUGGGUGACGAGAGUGUUUGCUGCAGACUGUUUGUGCCGCAUCAUCCUGCUGUGUGAGAAUGCGGACAAAGCGCACUUCGACCUGGCAGCUGCCCGUUCUGCCAAAGCUAAGAACCCUAAAGGAGAUCUACUGGUGCUCCAUUUGUCUGAUCUCAUACGGAUGGCUUUCAUGGCUGCCACAGACCACAGUAACCAGCUGAGGAUGGCUGGUCUGCAGGCCCUGGAAGACAUCAUUAAAAAGUUUGCCUCUGUUCCCGAGCCUGAGUUUCCAGGGCACGUUAUCUUGGAACAGUACCAGGCCAAUGUUGGAGCUGCUCUCAGACCUGCUUUUUCGCCUGAUACACCAUCUGAUAUAACAGCUAAAGCAUGCCAGGUGUGUAGCACUUGGAUUGGUAGUGGUGUUGUAAGUGACCUCAACGACCUGCGGCGAGUCCACAACCUGCUCGUCUCAUCACUGGACAAGGUGCAAGCUGGGAAAGGUUCAUCCAGUCAGUUAUACAGUGAGAGUGCCACCACGAUGGAGAAACUGGCUGUGCUGAAAGCAUGGGCAGAGGUUUAUGUGGUGGCGAUGAAGAUAAAGAAAGAGGCAGAGGUCAAGCCUGACAAACCAGUCCGAAGUGGAGAUGAGGAAGAGGAUGAUCUGGGUGCAGAUGUUCUUCCACCUGACAGUCUCAUCACUUUAGUGCAGCCUGAACUGCCCUCGCUGAGUCGGCUGUGGUUGGCCAUGCUCCGUGACUACGCUCUGCUCACUCUGCCUGCUGAGUUUUCCAGUCAGCUGCCUCCUGAUGGUGGAGCGUUUUAUACUCCAGAGACGAUUGACACAGCGAGGCUCCAUUACCGCAGCUCGUGGGCUCCUGUCCUGCAUGCUGUGGCUUUGUGGUUAAGCAGCACUGGCUUUGGAGCUUGUGAGGAAAAAGAGGCUCCUGCCGUCCACACAGGAGCUCCAUCCACCACCAAGACCUUUGAGGAGUCUGUCAAAGACAGGAUGCAUCUAAUGUUAGGUGUCAGUAUAGAGUUCCUUUGCUUCCCCAGACCUGAGGAACCCAUUGAGCAUGUCAUGUCCUGCCUCCAGGCCUUGUCCACUCUGCUAGAGUCUGCCUGUGCAAAGACCCAUAUCGCAGAGGACCAGCUGUUGGCAGUGGAGCUCCUGAAUGUACUUCACAGACUGCUGUUGACCCGGGACCCGCCUACUGUCCAGCUCCAGGUUACUGCUGUGGUACAGGAGACUAUAAAAGCUGCACUAGACCAUCUGCAGCUACAAAAGAUCAACAAGGGCAAAGAGGACGAAGGCCAGAUCGAUUCUCCACUCAUCCUCGGGGAAGGAGGACAGUCAGGCGAGCUCGUCCCAGGCAGCUCUUUGGUGUUUGCAGCAAUGGAGCUGCUGGUUUUCAUCCUGGUUCGUCACUUACCACAGCUCAAUACACGUGUAAAAGAUUCACCGAGCCAUGUGCCGAUGAGGCCUCAGCGACUACCUGAGGAGAGUGCACGCCUUGUGGCAAACACAGUUUCCAUUCUGGCUGAACUGCCCUCGCUCUGCUCUCCUGCUGGAAGCAUGACCAUUCUACCUACUGUCCUCUUCCUAAUUACCGGGGUGCUGAGGGAAACUGCAGUCAAGACUGCUGACAACUCGGUACCUACGUCUGUGUCUGCUGCGCUGCAGGGCAUCAAGACCAUCAUCACCUCCCCACUGGCUCACGUGGAUAGCCUGCAGACGCAGUGGACAGCCCUUGUGAGAAGCAGUCUGGCCUCUGUACUUGAGGACUCUCAGCCAGAUGAGUCCAGGCCUGAUUUGGAUGAGAUCAGCAUGUUAACAGCAAUUACACUAUUCCUGCUGUCUGCUAGUAAUGAACUUGUAGGGGUGACUGUCCUGCAGAAGGGCUGCAUGGAGCGUUUCCGUAAUGCCCUCAACUCCAGUGAUCCUUGGGUUCAGGCAAGGUGUUACCAGCUGCUGCUGUCAGUGUUUCAGCAUUCCAGCCGUCCCCUUUCUACCCCAUACAUUCAUGCUCUGGCUCCCCUCAUGGUGGAGAAACUGAAAGCAGUGGAGUGCAGUCGGCCAAGAACUACCGCGGAGCUGCAGGCUGUGCAGGAGGGCAUCAAGGUCCUAGAGAAUCUGGUCGGCAUGGGUGAGGAGCAGAACCGGGUGCAGUUGGUGGCUCUCCUUGUUCCAACUCUCAUCACCUACCUUUUGGAUGAAAAUGCCAUUCCGUCUGCCUCCCAAGCCUCCAAAGGCCUGCAUGACUUUGCCCUUCAGAACUUAAUGCGUAUCGGCCCUCUAUAUCCAGCUGCCUUCAAGAUGGUAAUUGGUGCUGCACCUGAGCUUAAAACCCGUCUGGAAUCUGCUGUUCGGGCGAACCAGGCCAGCAGCAAAGCCAAAGAUUCAGCACGGCAAGCUCAGCCAACAGUCCAAGCUGCACCAACCAUCAAACUCAAGACAAGUUUCUUCUAAACCCUUCAAAUGCUCUUUGCACUCUCACAGACUACUUUAAUCUCUCUUUCAAGUUUGCUUUGAUUUGUGUCCACAGGAUGUCUGUAUCAAGUAGUGUCUUGAAUGUACUGUACCUAUCUUCACAAAUUCAAGUUGAUUUCUUAUGAAUGUUCAAAGAAAGGGUUUUCCCUGGAAAAUGUGUUGUACAUCAUGAUGGUGCAGGUGUAUCGUCAGCUUGUUUGAUACAAGACAUUAGCUACUUUUUCCCCAUGCUAAAUUUUGUUUUACCUAAUUGCCCUUUCUUAUUUUUCCAUCACCUUAAGCCUUACGCUAGUAAUUUCCAUUUGAUGUUGUUGUUGAAUUCUGUAUGUUCCAAUGCCAUGUUUUAAUUGUGAUUAGUCCAUAAGCAUUGUUUUUUUUAGUCUUAUAUUGAAUGUGAGCACUGCAUAUUAAAAAAAUGUUAAGGUUAUUCUGUAAUUUAGCUUUUUCAGAAUUAGCUGCCAUGCUUAAUUUGAUACUAUGGAUGUGCAAUGGUCCCACUCAUUUAUCUUGAACACAGUCGCAAAAUGAUUUAAAAGCUACAGUACAGUAGUUAUCAACCAAUUUGUUUGUAAAAAAUGAUAUGAUUAUGAUUAGUUAAUACUUUUGUAUUGUCCUCUGAGGGCAAUCACAACGGGUAUAGAUUAUUGCUCACUGAUUGCAUUCAGAUGUAAAUAAAGUUGCAUUGACCUCAUCUUCAUGUUGCGUUAUUGAUUUUUCCACAUCAUUAGUUGAUAGUUGAA